UUUGUUUGUUUGGUUUGUGAGGGAUUUACGACAGAACCAUCACAGAAAUCGGACAAACAUGUCCCACUUCCAUGAUUCCAGGGAAUGUACUUUCACCCUGAGGAAGGGAUCUCAGGGCACUCGGCACCUCCAUGCCUUUAGCAUCCACCUCUGAGUCGAACUGCACCCGCCUCACUCGUGUGUUUCGUUUGAUCUUGGUCUCAAGGGCCGCAGCAUGUAGCCCUCUUGUGGUGACCAUGCCCCCAGGACACGGAUGGCGAUGGCUGCCUCUCUUCUGAGCAGGUCUUGAAGAUGUACUGCAGCCUGGUGAUCCAUGCAGCCAUCGCACGUGGAGACCAGCCCUCCUACGACGCCGUUCGGGGGCCCGUCACGCCGGCCACGGGUCGAUGCAGAGACGUUCAUCAGUUGGCCCGUCCAGAGCAGAUCCGGAGCAUUCCAGUCACGAUCAGCAGAGCAUCUCACGCCCUCUCCGCCAUGGACACCGCCUUCGUUGCCGCGCGGGCCGCUCAGAGCACUCGGAGUUCUCCGGAACUCACGGCAGCGUUUCGGGCAGAGCAGCCGGGUAGAGGCCGAGCAGGCUUCGAGGAUCCCACGCUCGCCGCCGCGGGCUUUGCCGGCCUUCUCUCCGCACUGCGAGCAGUGCGUGCUCUGCCGCGGAGGGCACGGCGGCAGUUGCGGAAGAAGUCUCAGGUCCUGCGCUUCGCCACGAACGUCUUCGAACGCUCCUCGCUGGAGGCCGCGCGGCUCCGGCGGCGUUUGGGGGCCGCGGACGGAGGGACCAGGGAGCGAGGGCACCUCCGUCCUGCCGUCGUGGAAGUUCCUUUCGUCCUCGGCACAGACCGACGUCGCUGGUUGCAGCGAAGGUUUAGCAGCUUCUCAGAGGAGAAGAAUCGUCAAUCCUACGUCUCCUGGGGGGAUCGCUCAACCUAUGAACAUGAAGUUCUGUCUCGCAUUCUCGAAUCGAUCGUCACCGUCGACCAGCUGAACGUCAGUGGGCUUCAAGGGGUUGAACUGUUGGUGCGACGGCUUCAAGUGAUUCGGGAAGCUCACAGGAUUUCACCAACAAGCCCGGACUAUAGUUCAGCAGAGCAUUUCAUGGGUUGGCGUUAUCGCAAGGGAGCACAUGGUGUAGAUCGUGAUCUUGCUCAGCAUGUGGCUUCGGAGUUGAAAUCCGAGGCCAUGAUUCUCAAAGAAAGCCGCAAGGCGAAAGAGGAGGCUCAAGCUCGCCGUCGAAACCCCGGAGACAAGAAGGGGGGAGGGGUGUCACCCUCUCCUGCAUGUUCUGCCGUGGAUGAAUUCGACAUUUUUCAUGGCCGUGAGCUCAAUGACCUCUUUCGAGAAGAACGCUGGCGUGAGCUUUUUCCACUGCCGCACGCGGUCUCCCCUGGCUCAGGCUACGGGCUUUCAUCUUCUUCGAGACGAAGGAAGGCCAAGGUCCGUGGGUUGGUGCUGGAAUCGAAUCGUGUAAUUGAUAGUUUGAAUGAGAUGUAUGCUCCGCCUUCAGUUGCUUGUGACGCUCGAGCUAGUGAAGCACAGAGGGCUAGUCAGCAUGCUAUUUAUCAGCAAUUGGCCCGAAUGCCUAGGGCCCAAACAACUUGCAGUAUGCGUGAGGCUGUUCAAGAGCUUCUGCAGUGUGACUCCUCCUAUGGACAGGAGGAUUUUGUCAGCACGGUGCGCCCCUAUGACCGAGAGCUUGUUUCCCUUCUCGAUACGGGAGAUAGUCCCAUCGCCUUGGACCAGGUCCUCGAUGAUCAUGGACGACAAGUACUUGGUGAUCCUCAACGCAGUAUGCUCCUAUCCGAGGACGAGUGGGGACAAGUGUUGGAAGAGGGAGAUUUGGUGAGACCUUAUAUGGAUGAGAGGACUGGAACAUCGAUAUGGCAACAGUUGAUUGUAAUGCAGAAGGCUGGAGGCCUUAGCAUUGAUCGGGUCGUCGUUGAGAGCAAGGCCCCACCAGACCUUUCAGACAAGGAAGUGAUUUUGAUCCCUUAUGCCGACAACCUGAACGUUGCAGGCGUGGAUGAGCUUCGAGUUCAAGAGGUGAAGGACAAGAUCGUACGGAGGCUCCGAGAGAUUGGCUUUAGAGUGCAUGAAGAGCUUGAAGCAUGUCCCAUUGGCCAGAGUCUUGGUUUCCUAGUGGAUGGACAGAAAGGCAUUGUCACUCCAAUUCCCGAAAGGCUGCAGAAGGUGAGGCUGGCUUUGAACUGGUUGGCCAGGUUGCACUCAGUCCCUUGCCCCCAGAAGAAGAGAGGCAAGGUCAAGAUGACCCACUUCGACAAGAAGCCAGCAGAAAAGGCAAAAACUCGAGCUCAUGUGGUGGCCCAGAGAACAGAUCCUCCUCGCUUCAAAGGUCAAACGAAUCUGGAGCGAUUGGCGGUCUCGGAGGCCGUUGCGCGGGACUACACAAGGAGAAUAGAGGACUUGAAACGAUUUUCGAAGAUGCAGAAGCUGCCGUUGAAGGGUCCCAAGAAAUUGGACGAGGCCUGCACCAGGUAUCUCAACGACAUCUUCGAGCAGGGCGUCGAGUUCCACGAAGGCUCAAAGUUUGUGGCAGCUGUGAAAGACGCGUUCCCCGAUUAUGGCCCCAAGGGCAUGCCAGGAGAGUGCCUGGCCAUCCAGAAGGUGGACCUUGUGAAGCCGAUGCCGAAACAGGAGUUUCAUACGUUGCACCUACAUCCUGCCGAACGACACGAGGCCUCAAAAGUUGGAAUCUCGGAGGAGUCCAUCCAACUGGAUGCGAUGCAGGUGCCAGGGCUGGGACUCGCAUUGGACAGGCUGCAGACUCCAGGUCCUUUUCUUUUCGACCUGGGCUACACAGAGAUGGUGAGUGCUUGGAAGCAAGCUCUAGUCGAUGUGGGAUUGGAACACAACCAUGCAGUCCUUCAUCAGCUGCGGCAUUCAGGCCCAUCAUUCGAUCGGUGUCACCGCCUACGAUCCUUGAUGGAGAUCAAGGCCAGAGGCCGUUGGGCCGCGGACGCAAGCCUUCGACGCUACGAGCAGCAUGGUCGUCUAAAUCAGGAAUAUCAUCGCCUGCCACAGGCCAUGGCUGCCCAGGGUUUUACAGCCAUUGCCUACGACAUUGACUAUGGUGUGGGAUGUCGCUGCCAACACUCGGGCAAGCGCCAUGUGACGCUUUCAGGCCAAGAUGAGUCUGGACGCUGGAAAACACAUGUCUCGCAGCAAGCGGCUUUAGAAGGCUUGGAGGAUGUGAACGGCGUUGAUGAUGACGGACUCCCUUUGAUCUACUCCGUGGAACGCACCUUGGGCCCGACCGUUCGACCGCCGUCGCUCCACCCUGGCGUGGCCGCGGGACCGGUGGUCAGCGGGUAUUGCCAAGUUCUGGGAUGCUUGGCAGCUGAGGGUGGGGCCAAGGACACCAAGCCCGGUGAUCUCGCCGAGCGCUGGAGCCGCUUCCUGAGGAUCUCAACGCCCUUCAUUACGCGGUUCUUUUAUUCCUUGCUGAACGGACGGCUCUGGGAAGAUGAAGCCAGCCUAGCCAGGCAGGAGUUGGGCCCGACCUUUGUGAAGUUGGGACAGGUCCUUUCCAUCCGCCCAGAUGUCUUGCCACCCAAGACCAUGAAGGAGCUCUCUCGUUUGCAGGACGGCUCCCGUUUGGACCGACGCCAUGAUUCCAGCGGUGUUUUGAUCGAGUUCUGUGACGAUAUCGAAACCUUCUCCAACGAAGAAGCCCGCAAGGUCAUCGAGAAGGAGAUGGGAAAGCCCUUGGAUGAGAUCUUCUCCACCUUCUCCGAGGAGCCCAUCGCCGCGGCCUCGUUGGCGCAAGUCUAUCGCGCGACCUUGCGUGAGACUGGGGAAGAGGUCGCUGUCAAGGUGCAGAGGCCAGGUGCUUUGAACACCGUCUCGAAGGACCUCUACGUGCUCCGCCGCCUGGCCGACGUGGUGCAGCCGCUCAUCCGCCGCUUCACCGCCGAUGAGACGGACGAGAAGAUGGGGGGGGUCGACGGACUGGGGGACUACAUCGCACUGACCGAGACCUUUGCAGAGGGCCUCUACACCGAGUUGGAUUUCCGGAACGAAGCCUUGAAUGCCUUGCGCAUGGAGGAGUUGCUCAAAGACAGCCUCGGCGAAGAUUCCUUAGAGAAGAUCAUCAUUCCGACCCCGUUGAUGUCAUUGACCACGCGCCGGGUGAUGCUCUCUCAGUGGGUGAAUGGAGUGAAACUCAGCACCUUGCCACAGCAGGACGGUUUUCUGCUUGCGCCGGCUUUGGGCGUUAAGGGUGUUCGCAAGGCGUCGGCCAUGCCUCGGCCCAUUGGUGUUGGUUCCGAACUCGGAGUGGUCCAGGACAUUGGUUUCUUCCAUGGAGAUCCACAUCCUGGAAACCUCUUGAAGAUCACUGAAGGCGAUGAUGCUGGGAAGCUGUGCCUCUUGGACUUCGGCUUGGUCGCCCAGGUGCCCCGGAAGGACCGGGACAUCAUCGUCUCCGCCGUGGUCCACUUGGGAACUCAGAAUUGGGAGGCCUUGAUCGAGGACUUCCAGGAGUUGGGCUUUUUGUCGGAGGAUACGGACAAAGAUGCCUUGGUUCCAAUUAUGCAAAGGGUUCUGAAACCGUACUUGAAGGGUGGCGGAGCUCAAGCAUUUAAGAAUGCCAACUUCCAAGCCCUGACUCAGGAUCUUCUGAAGGUGAAUAUGGAAGUGAAGUUUUCCAUUCCACCCUACGUCUCGCUCUUGGCACGUUCAGUGGCGACACUGGAAGGCGUGGCUUUGCAAGGAGACCCGCAAUAUCAAAUUGUGGCCAUGGCAUAUCCCUUUGUCAUUCGUCGCUUGCUGAAGAAUGAUAGCCGCAUGUCCUUCUCUGCCUUGCGGGAGUUGCUUUACGAUCCCCACACCCGGAGGAUGCGGCCGCAACGGCUAGCCACCAUGCUUCAAGCCUCCCUGGGCGUGGUGGCGGACGCUGAGAGCCGAGAAGGCUUCAUCGACUUCGACUCUGUGCCGAAGGACAGUGCACCGGUCUCAGAGGUCGUGAAGUUCCUCCUGUCGGAGAACGCCUCCAAGCUGCGGCCGCUGCUGAACGCUGAGCUGGCCUAUGGCCUCGAUCUGGUGCUGCGUCGCACUGCUCGGCGCCUGCGGACCACCUUGAGGGACCUGCUGGUGCCCCGCGUGCCGCUGGUGGGCGUGCGACUACCACAGCCGCCAUUGCCUCCACUGCUGCUGCCAGUGCCACGAGAUUUGGAGAAGACAGGACCAGCGGCCUUCCAAAGUGGCGUUGAUUUGCCUCUCGCCGUGGUUGAUCGAAACCACUCAACUCUCUCAUAG